AUAUAAUGGCUGAUUAAUAUCCCAAAUAAUUUGAAUCCUCAGUCAUAAAUGUUAGCAGAGCAUCCAACACUAGAACAAUUUAAACAAGAAUUAAAGGAGCUUUAAGCAAUCACGAAAAUGUAACAGUAAGUGGUAUUGGAAACGCUAUGGAAAAUGUAGUUUCUUCAGUUGCUGAAUUAGAAUCCAAAAAGCUUCUUGUCAUUAAAAAAAUAGAAACAACUUCAAAUACUUAAAACAAAAGAUUAACACAUCAAAUGGUUGUAAAAAUUACUAGAGGAUGUGAAUUUAAAGUAUAAAAUUGAUUGAAAUUCUUUUUUUGUUUUUAAGUUAAAUUUUAUAU